AUGAUCUAUUUGGUAACGAGUCGCUUGGAUCCGAACACAAGAAAAGCGUGGGAAACUUCCAUGAAAAAAGGAGAAGUGCCUACACUCAAGCAACUAACAGAUUUCCUCGCGCAGCAGUGUAAGGCAUUGGAGGCGUCAUCGCGUACAGUACCAUCGGGAGCGUCAGGCUCAGCUCAAGGAAAACACGGCCAAUCAAAGAGUACAUCAGCGAAUAUAGCCACAACCAGCAACAAAUGCGCAUAUUGUAAGAAGGAAGAUCACGCUAUAUACAAAUGCGGUGAUUAUUUGCAGCUAGAAGUAGACAAGAGGAUCAAAGAAGCUAGAUCGCGCAAGUUAUGUCUAAACUGUCUAAAGGACACAUCUCAUAUAGCAAAACAAUGCUCAUUGGGACUAUGUCGCAAAUGCAAUAAGCGGCACAACACGUUGCUUCAUCUGGAGCAGUCAACAACGAAGACAUCGGAGUCAACAACCGAAGAUACGAGUACGGCAAACCAAGAAAAGGUGGUUGCUACAAGCGUAAACCAUUCUGCUCUCAAGCCAAGCAAACAGGUGCUUCUCGCAACAGCGCUAGUCAAAAUAACAGACAGCAAAGGCGAUAAGGUAGUCUGUCGAGCAUUAUUGGACAGCGGGUCACAAUCCUGUUUUAUCACGAGUAGUUGUGCUAAAAGGCUAUCUCUGAAACAGUUUUCCACACAUAUUCCGGUGUGUGGAUUAGGAGAAAUGUCUACACAAACGAACAAGAGAGUAAAAGUAAUAUUGCACUCAAGAAUCAACAAAUUCAGUGCUAACCUCGAUUGCCUAAUCAUAGAUCGAAUUACUCAGUCCAUACCCGUCAAUCGUAUUAACGUGAACGAAUUACAGGUUCCGGAAGGCAUUCUCUUAGCAGAUCCAGAGUUUUACAAAUCAUCUAAGGUGGAUUUACUCUUAGGAGCAGAAAUAUUCUUCGAUCUUAUGUGCAUCGGCAAAAUCAAGAAUUCGAAAACGCAGCCAACAUGGCAAAAGACGAUUCUCGGCUGGAUAGCAUCGGGAAACUUGAUAGUUGAAGAUCAGAAACACAAGAAAACCAUUUGCGGCUUAGCGCUCAACGAACAGUUAAAUCUGAGUCUCACUCGUUUCUGGCAGAUGGAGCACAUUCAGAGACAGAACACUCGUACCCCGGAAGAGCGCAUGUGUGAAGGGCAUUUCGCAAGAACAUACAAACGUAACAAGGAAGGGCGAUUUGUCGUAAGCUUGCCGACAAAGGAAAAACAGCUUCAAAAACUCGGAGAUUCGCGAGAUCUGGCCAUUCAGCAGCUCAAGCAUUUAGAGAGAAGAUUCGCAAGACAACCGCAGUUAAAAGAAGACUACGCGAAAUUCAUGCGUGAAUACCUAAACUUGGGACAUAUGAGAGAAGUUCCAGAGAAUAGUGCGAGGUGGAAUAUCCAACCACAAUACUACAUGCCACAUCAUUGCGUUAUAAAGGAAUCAAGCGCCACCACUAAAUUAAGAGUGGUAUUCAACGCGUCUAGCAAGACCACCAGCGGCAUUUCGCUAAAUAACGCUCUUAUGGCAGGUCCAGUAUUACAGCAGGAUCUAUUCUCCAUUUUGCUGAGAUUCAGAAGAUUUAUAUUUGUAAUGACAGCAGAUAUAGCAAAGAUGUACAGACAAGUACUCGUGGAAGAAGAUCAAGUGGCAUUGCAGCGUAUCGUCUGA